UGCUCUUUGUCCUCCAUUAGAGCUCGGAUUCCCAGUUCCACACACCGUACGGCGCAGGCCCGAAGUAGCGCAGCCGCUCUGAGUGUGUUCCAGGUUAGGAGCAGCCAAUGGAGAACCACACCGUGCACCAGACGGAGCACAUGACCACCAUCGAGGCCCACGCGGUAGCCCAGCAGGUGCAGCAGGUACAUGUGGCCACGUACACGGAGCACAGCAUGCUGAGCGCCGACGAGGACUCGCCCUCCUCGCCCGAGGACGACACCUAUGACGACUCCGACAUCCUGAACUCCACGGGCGCCGACGAGGUCACCGCUCACCUGGCCGCUGCAGGCCCAGUAGGCAUGGCAGCCGCUGCUGCCGUGGCGACGGGGAAGAAGCGGAAACGGCCGCACAUCUUCGAGUCAAACCCUUCUAUCCGCAAGAGGCAGCAGACGCGGCUCCUGAGGAAACUGAGGGCCACUCUGGAUGAGUACACCACCAGAGUGGGUCAGCAGGCCAUUGUGCUGUGCAUCUCUCCGUCCAAGCCCAACGCCGUGUUCAAAGUGUUUGGGGCCGCUCCCCUAGAGAACGUGGUGAGGAAGUACAAGAGCAUGAUCCUGGAAGACCUGGAGAGCGCGCUGGCUGAACACGCACCCCCGCCCCCCGAGCUGAGCUCGGAGCUCCCGCCCCUCACCAUCGACGGCAUCCCGGUGUCCGUGGACAAGAUGACGCAGGCCCAGCUGCGGGCCUUCAUCCCGGAGAUGCUGAAGUACUCCACCGGGCGGGGCAAGCCCGGCUGGGGCAAGGAGAGCUGCAAGCCCAUCUGGUGGCCGGACGACAUCCCCUGGGCCAACGUGCGCAGCGACGUGCGGACGGAGGAGCAGAAGCAGAGGCAGGUGUCAUGGACACAGGCCCUGCGGACAAUAGUAAAGAACUGCUACAAGCAGCACGGCCGAGAGGAUCUGCUGUAUGCCUUCGAGGACCAGCAGGUCUCCCAACAGCACGUGGCCACCACCGCCACCCACAGCAUCGCCCACCUCGUCCCCUCACAGACCGUAGUGCAGACUAUCAGCAACCCCGACGGCACUGUGUCCCUCAUACAAGUGGGAACCGGAGCGACGGUGGCGACCCUGGCGGACGCCUCAGAGCUACCCACCACCGUCACCGUGGCCCAGGUCAACUACUCCACGGUGACGGACGGAGAGGUGGAGCAGAACUGGGCCACCCUGCAGGGCGGGGAGAUGACCAUCCAGACCACUCAGGCUUCCGAGGCGACGCAGGCCGUGGCCUCGUUAGCGGAGGCGGCGGUGGCCGCGUCCCAGGAGAUCCAGCAGGGAGCAACCGUUACCAUGGCGCUGAACAGCGAGGCGGCGGCGCACGCGGUGGCGACGUUGGCGGAGGCCACGCUGCAGGGCGGGGGGCAGAUCGUCCUGGCGGGGGAGACGGCGGCGGCGGUGGGGGCGCUCACCGGGGUGCAGGACGCCAGCGGCUUGGUGCAGAUCCCUGUCAGCAUGUACCAGACUGUGGUCACCAGCCUCGCCCAGGGGAACCGGCCCGUGCAGGUCGCCAUGGCGCCCGUCACCACGCGGAUAGACAACACCGUCACUCUGGACGGACAGGCCGUGGAGGUCGUGACCUUGGAACAGUGACACAAGGAGGCUGUUUCUGCCCCUCCUGGUCGUCCUAUGUACAGAAAGUGUGCACAUUUAAUGUGGCAGUCAGGAUUUGUACAGUGUAAAAUGAAUAAUUAUCUUU